AUGGUGCAAUCAACAAUCACUGAACUAGCUGCGAUAAUUUCGGCAAAUACUGCCAAAAUUGACAAUUACUUGAGCAGCCAAGGUCUAAAGUCUCCAUCAUUCGAUGUUGACGCCCCUACUGAGCCACUCGUCCCUUCAGAUGCUCCUGAACUUGAAGCUGCUCGAUCAGAGCUUAUUGAUGCAACGUUGAUGCUUCAUGACCUCAUUCUUGGACCUAAGGAGUAUUUGAUGAAAUUCACCCAUGAUUGGCUCAUAAGCAUGCAAGCAAUUAGUCGCUUCAAUAUUGCGAAAAGUAUUCCGAUUCAUGAAGAAGUCUCUUAUGCCGAUAUCGCAAAAAGAUGUGGCGUCAAUGAGCUUGACGUCCGUCGUAUUCUUCGUCAUGCCAUGACUUUAAGCCUAUUCAAGGAACCAAAGAGGGGCGUUGUUGCUCACACAGCUGCAUCCAGGAUGAUAGCAGAAGAUCAGCAAAUGGCUGAUUGGGUAGCGACCACCUCUGAUGAGCUCUGGCAAGCCGCAACCCAGACAGUUAACGCUAUGGUGAAGCAUCCGAGAUCCCAAGAGCCAAAUGAGACCGGGUUUGCGCUUGCGAACGGUACGGAUAAAUCUGAGGUUGGUAAUGGUACUAUUGUUGAUGUCGGUGGCUCGCAUGGCUUUGCCUGCACACGACUUGCGAAAGCAUUCCCUGACCUCAACUUUAUUGUUCAAGACCUUCCACCAGUGGUUGAAGCUGGUGCUAAGACUGUCCCCUCGGAGCUUUCAGACAAAAUCAAGUUCAUGGCCUAUGACUUUUUGAAAGAACAGCCUGUCAAGAAUGCGGACAUCUAUUUCUUCCGAUGGAUUUUCCACAACUGGUCUGAUAAAUAUUGCAUUCAAAUACUGCGCAACCAAAUUCCCGCUCUCAAAAAAGGUGCGCGCAUUGUCAUCAACGACAAUGUGCUGCCGGAGCCUGGAACAAUGCCAAGAUGGCGCGAGGAACGUUUGAGAUCCAUGGAUCUCACAAUGUUGGAGUUACAAAACUCGAGGGAAAGAGAAUUGGAAGAUUGGGCUAAACUCUUCGAAGAUGCGGAUCCAAGGUUUACAUUCAAGGGAGGGAAGCAACCUGCUGGCUCUAACCUUUGGAUUUUGGAAGCUGUUUGGGAUGGAGAUUCUACGACUCAAUAG